CAAGUUUCCUGUCUGGUAAAGCUCCAGCCCUGCCCAGAGACGGAGGCAGCAGAGCUGGCCAGCAGGCAGGGGAGGCAGAUAGGCUGCAGGAAACAUUUUAUGCCUAUUUGAAAGGCAGACGGACAGACGGCAGGACGGAUACACGGGUGGGGGCUGUGCUAGGCGGCUCGGCGGCAGGCUGGUGGAAGAUGUCGUCAGGAGCCGGUGGGAGGGGUGGACGGCGGCUCAGAGGGACAGCAAGCAGCGCUGGUGGAGGAGGGAGAGGAGGUGCAGGAGAGGCAGAGGAAGGCCCCGUGGGGAUCCCUUUCCCCGAGCACAGCGCAGACAUCCUGGGCAACCUGAACAAGCAGCGGCUUAGCGGCCUGCUGUGCGAUGUGCUCCUGGUUUCCCAGGAACUGGAGUUCCCGGCUCACCGCUCCGUCCUGGCGUCCUGCAGCUCCUACUUCCACAAGCUCUUCACUUCAGGAGCCGCCGCUGACCAACAGAACGUCUACAACAUCGACUUUGUGGUGGCGGAGGCUCUGGGGGCGCUGCUGGACUUUGCCUACACAGCGACAUUGACAGUCAGUCACAGCAGUGUUGCUGACAUCCUUGCUGCUGCACGCCUCCUGGAAAUCCCACCGGUCCAGGACGUCUGUACACACCUGCUGGACUCCAAAGUGCUCUCCCCGCCGGCGGGCAGUGAGCGAAGAGAUGAAGAUGAAGAGGAGGAGGGGAAGGGCAGAGGAGGCAGGGAGCAGGGGAACCGGGUUCGGGCCCAGGAGUUCCUGGAGUUUUACCUGAGAGGGGCCCACUGGAGCAGCAGCUGCAGCACGCCAGAGCUCAGGGACCUGCCCACACAUCUGCACUUUAACCACGGUAACGGAGGGACCCCCAGCAACGGGGCUCCUGCUGUCCUCGGCAAGUACUACUCCCCCCUGGCCCUCGCCUUGGCCCAUGCCCCCACACAGGAGCAAGACGAAGAAGACGACGAGGAAGAUGAGGAAGAUGAGGACGGGGAGGCGGUGCAGGGGAACGGAGCAGGCCUGGGGCCAGCUUACUACCCUCCAUCCCAAAACGGCCACGUUCACCUCCCCCCUGAGUCUAGGCUGGGGCAGGAGCCAGAGAUGGAGGAUGGGAGCAGGGACGCGUUGGCGAGGGACAGGGGGUCUGCAAGUGCCCUCCUGCAGCAGAUGAUGGACUCCAUCGAGAGGCAGAAGGAUCGCGCAACUACGGGGGAGGAACAGGGAGAUGGGGACGACCCAGACAUGGAAUUUUACUUGAAUUAUUUUAACAGCACGCAGCACGAGGAUCCGGUUUCUGCUGCUGUAUCACAGGGAGUGCCGCCGCUCUGGUUAUCACGGGGCAGAACAAGCCAAGACAGAGCAGGAGGAGGAGAGAGGGGGGUGGGAGAGAGAGACAGCGGGGGCGCAGGAGGAGGAGGAGGAGGAGGAGGCGAGAGGAAGAUGCGCUCUAAGGCCUUCCAGAAAUGUCCCAUAUGCUCCAAGGUCAUUCAAGGAGCAGGCAAGCUACCCCGCCACAUCCGAACGCACACGGGAGAGAAACCUUAUGAAUGCGCCAUCUGCAAAGUGCGCUUUACCAGGCAGGACAAGCUCAAGGUUCAUAUGAGGAAGCACACAGGAGAGAAGCCUUACCUGUGUACGCAAUGUGGAGCCGCCUUUGCUCACAACUACGACCUGAAGAACCACAUGCGCGUGCACACCGGCCUGCGCCCCUAUCAGUGCUCCAGCUGCUUUAAGACUUUCGUCCGCUCGGACCACCUGCACCGCCACCUCAAGAAGGACGGCUGCAACGGCAUCCCUUCUCGCCGAGGUCGGAAGCCUCGGGUGAGAGACCCCGGGCUCCUCGACGCCCCCCUGAGCCUGCCCAGCCCCGGGUCCGACACGAGCCCCGGGCCGGGCACCAUCAGGGAACGGCGGAGCUCGGAGGCAUCGUCAGCGGCAGAGAUGGAGGGGGCUGCCGAAGCCCACGCACACAGUCCUCAACUGCAGGAGGAGGCCGGGCCCUGAGGCUGCAGGGGCCACAAGGACACUGCUGGACACCGUCACUCUGCACUGCCUGUGAGACAGGCCAGUGAACAGAGAGGAGUAAAAAAACAUGCUAAGGCAAACUUUUAAAAAAAAAACAACAACUAACUAUUCCUCUAUAAACCAAAUCAGGGUGUCACAAAAAUUCUAAUCUUUAUAUUUCUUUCUCCUUUCACUUUAGGAAAUGGAAUAGACUUGCAAGCACUUGAGUCGGUUUAUCUGUUAAAGAGCAAAGAACGCUUCAAUUCAUGCACCCAUCACGUCCACUUUCUGGGCCAUUUCAUUCUUUCUAAUAUUAAGGUUUUUGUACAUUGGGAUAUGUGCUUAGGCAAACGUAUGAUCGCUCAAAAGAAACUGAGCAACUAUGCAGUUGAUUUCAAUUUGUAUUGGUUUUGUCCUCACGGCCUUCAAGCUCUAAGCAAGGUGUCUAUCAAGCUCCUUCUGGCUGCUGUACGGGUGAAGCGAGGACAAAUCCUCCCAGUGAAAACAACUCUUUUUCUAUUCUUUUGCAGGUGUGAAAUGUACAGUUACCAUAGAAACAACAUUGCCACAAAAUGGCAUAUGCAAGGAAAGCUCACCACAAUUUUGAUGCAACAGUUUUCUCUCUUUAAAUGUUCCAGAAAGAAUCAGACAAGGGGUUUGAUUGAAGUGUUACUUACUCUAAAAAAUGCGUUUUAAGAAUCUAUGUUUUGUUAUUUUGAAAAACAAAUUCAUAUUGAGUCAAAUCCACUUUAACGGGGGCUCUUCAAUUGCAGGCCUAGGGAAAAUGAGGGGUGGAGGGUUUGUGUUUUUAAAGCACUACCAUGGUCUUAUGUAUCUGUCGGAUUGACUCCGUUGCCUCUUAUCCCUCACAAACCUGCAAUUUCAGCAUUUCUGUUUUCCCUUUUGAUUUUGUCUUAAUUUAGUUUGGGUCGUUGUUCCUUUCUGUUGACUGCUUUGGGUACUUGACACUUUAUAAUUGUAUGCAUGUAUAUACAGCAGGUGGUGAUAUGACAUUGGUCCCCUCUUAAUGCUGAGGUGUACUUAACAAUCGGGUUUUUCCUCUUAGGCUUGAUGUCAUAUUUCUCACGGAGUGAAGCUUGUGGGUGAACGAAAAAAACCAACCUGUAUGAAUGUCUGAUGAGAAAAACCAUUGAAUCACCUAUUUGUCCUAAACUUAAAACACUUGACUUGUAUAGUUCCUGCCCAAAGGACGAGGAGGUCGGAUGAAUGAAUGUGCAGUUCUUUCGGAUUGUGUCCUUGUGUGACAAGGCGCGGGUAGCAUUUAACCGAGCGCAGGUUAAAGGAAUGGCAGGGAGCCCGAGCGAGAGAAUGACAAAGAGUACGAAGAAGAGAUAGAUGAGCACCUUUUUUUCUAUGUUUGCACAGCUUUACUAAAGAUAUCCAGCAGAGCGAGAGAGAGGUAUAUUUAAAGGAAGAGGGCUGGUGUGAGAGGAGGUAUAUGUAUCAUGCUUAUUCCAAUCCUAUGUGCCCGAGGGACCACACAACCGUGAGGCAACCUGUAUGGUGAAGAGAGCAAUAAAUACCUGUCCAAGUUGGGAGGCCAAAUAGGAGCGCAGCUGCAGCUGGAUGAUGGGGGAGGGGAGCAAGGGAAGGGGAGGGGGAUCUCACAAUGUCUGUUGCAUUCCAAAAAAAUAAUCUCCCCCAGCUCAGCCACGUUUCCAGGCGGGAGGGGAUCAAAUCAAGCCUUUUCUCUCCCUCUGUAGUCCUCUAAUGCCCCCGAACUAGCCUGGAGGGGAUAUUAUUAUAUUACAGCCUGGUGUUACUGUGGGGAGGACGCCUGGUGCUGGCAGUUUAGUGUGGGAGUGUGUGUGUUUGUAUGUUCUGUGUGUUUGUGUACAUGUGUGUGCGUGGCAGCCGGGGUCGCUGUGGCCACAUCAUCACUGUGUGAGUCAGCCACGGCCUGUUCAAACAUGCACCCUGAGCUGCCAGCCCCAAUGCACUUUCUCUGUCACACACAUGUUCACACACACUCAGAUACUCAGCUCACUUGGUCCAGGUAUCCCGUGGAGAAGGGGAAAACACCAGAGCUGACAUAUCGGUUUGAAUAUUGUAAGUGACUCCAUACAUCUGGAUUUGUUAGUCUUAAAAUAUCUAAAGUUGUGUUUUUGUAUAACCCCCCCCCCCCACCCAAUCACCGCCCUGUCAUUUCUGCAGUAUAAAUCAGUCCCUUGCACCUUAAUUGAAAAGACGGUUAUGAAUGCACUUUGUUACUGAGGGGGCACUAUUUCAACCAAACGGGUACUUUGAAGCAAAGCAGUUGCAAAUGAGAUAAGUCCUUUCUUCUGUCUGUCGAGGUGAAGUUGAGCUCCUUCACUGGUUUUGAUCAGGUUUUGAUGACAAGCUGCCAAACUCAAUUUUAAACAGAGAUCAGAGCUCUCAAAGAGUUGUUCUGAUUCACACAUGUUGGGUUUUGUGACCUUGAGAAAAGACUAAACCACGUAAGUGAUAGCACUUGAAAUCUAAUAAGUUGUCUUUCUGUCUUAGGAAAGGAAGGGGCUAGAAGGAGAAGAAGAAAGAGCACUGUGUGUGUGUGUGUGUUGGCAUGCAUUUGAGUUGUGUGCAUGUGCUGCUGGCUGGCAGGCAGGAGGGUCUCGGGACAAGCUUGGAUAAACAAACGUUGCGUCUGCCCCAUCUGUUCAACAGCUCCUCUCAUAACUACACGUGUUCUCAGAGGGACCGCAGUGAUAAUAGGUGCACGGUUCCACAGAAGCAAAACGACCAUACUGUAAAAACAACUCAAUGGACAAUUGCUUGUUUACAUCACGGCUCUCUUGGUGCAGAUUUGCAAAACUCUUUGUUUACCCUUGUUGGUCAUCGUCAGUGGUUGGCCAGGCCUUGAGAGUCUUAGUUUCUAUUUUGGUUCUCCGUUAUGAUUAAGGAGGGGUUCAUUAGCGCACAGUUUGACUCCUAUAGGCAGACAAUGCUAGCUAUAUGUGAUAUUUAUGUAAUAAAUGGACCGCUUAAACCAACUUUGUCUUGAUGUGGCAGAAAGUGAAACCUGUUAGCAAUCUUAAACAUUGGUUUCUUUGUACUUAAAAAAAAGUCUUAUGUGUUUUGUUAAUUAACCAAAGCCCUCAAUCUUAGUCCACUGUAGAUAAGUCUAAUGUAUCCAGCCUCCCUGACUAAGUCACACACAGAAGCCCUCCUCUUGAAUACAUAUGCAGAAGUGUGUGUGAAAUCAUACAGAUAUUGACUUGAGUUAGCUUUCUCUCGCUCUUUCUCUCCUUGUGGACAGUAGAAUCAGAGGUUUAAAGAUGUAUAGUUUAUUUCUGUCCGUCUACACUUAAAAUAACGUGUUGUGCUACUUUUUUUUCUAACAAUUGUACAUGGCUGCGUGUGUGUGUGUAUGCGUGUAUGUGUGUUGGGGUCAUGGUUUUGGGUUGCUGUGCCAGGAGGGUUGGGGAAAUGGGUGCUUGGGUGGGGUUAUGGAUAUAAAGCCUGAUAGCACUGGAAAUGGUGCUUUAGCUGAGAGAGCAAACGUUUGCACUAAUGUUUAAUGUCCUUAUCCUGCGUAUGGGAGAAGGGCAGGAGACCUCAGAAAGCCUGCGAGUUUCCAUGAGCACAGAGCAGUGUGGUUAAUACUCAAUGGUCUCAUGGAGUCCAUGCAACCCCUCCAUAGAAAUAAUCAUGUACAGUAUAUUAAGAGAUAUACAGACGUCCAACAAAUACCAAAGGAGAAGAAAUGGCUUGCGUUGAAGUCAUUGGACAUUUUAAGCUACUAUCUAAUGUUGGAUUUAUAGAGUUUUAUUGUUAGAUCUGAAGGCUCUUGAAAAGAGAACUUCUGAUGGACACUAUGGUGUGAUAACAGCUACAAAUGUUUGCUGUUCAUGUUAAGAAAUAUUCCAAAUAUACAACAUUUAGGCACUUAGAAAGUAGCGAAGCCUCUCCGAAAUCCAUUUAAAAUAUUUAAUUGUGUCCUGGUCUGAAGGCUGAGACGUACUGUUUGCAGGUGCCACAGAUAUGGAAUCAAGUUCAUUUAAGAGAUGGGAUUUUAUCAAGUUCAUGUUCAGUCAAAUGAUGAGAAAUGAUAUGAAAUGAUAAUGAAAUAUAUUGUUAUUGUUAAACACUGUUAUUUUGAUCCUUGCUGAAAUGUUCAGUUUACUUCUGGAAAAAGGUUGAAUUGAAUUCAAAUGUUCUAACGUUGAAGCAGACUGGGACUCCGUGGCCUUGUCUGAGCAGCACUAAGCUUUUUUUUAAAUUUCAUUUCUUGUUUCCAGACAGUUGUAUUGUGCAGUUUGGGGCUGAGGCUAACUCCCACCAGGUGGACGCUGCAAACGUCAAGGGCCACAGUGUGCCUUACGUGGGCAGGAACCGACAGAACUCACAACUUAAUUUCAUUUCUUUGUUUCCAUAAACAAAAAACUUUUCUUCCGACAUAUUAAAACCAAAAUGCUGAUUGGCUUGGAACUCAAAUUGAUCAUGUAUCUGUUUAAGCUUUACUUGAAUAAAUGAAUAUGAACAUCCACCUCUUCAGAGCUCAGUCUCUGUCAGCCUCUAUGGAUCCUCCUGGUGGGCCCCCUGCCUCGGCCCCUCACUAAGGUUACUCUGACCCAGGCUCCACUGACACACUCUCUGAACUUUAAUGCAAGUGUUUUUCCAAAUUGACCUUGUUAUGUUUGUCCUAUGCUGUUAUCAAAGAGUUUGGGGGAAUCUAUCUGAGAAGGCCAUAAAACAAAGACGACCAACAACUAUGAUAACUGUAAAUAAUCAAGCGAAGCAGGGCGGGGUGGCUGUUAACAUUCAGAUUCGUGGCGGCAGACGGGGGACUAUUUGCUUUGCUUCGUCAUUUUCGUGUGUUUUCCAUCAGGCUCUUGAUGCACAGCGAGCUGAGCGCAGCAUAUGCAGUGCGGCACUAUGCGCAGCGAGGCUCUGGCACUUACACAGACAGCCCUGGGUCCUUCAGAGAGGCAGGCUGCUGUCUGUUGGCUGCUCUCGGCCGGGUGGGGACAGUUUGCACUUGGAGUCUCUCGGUCUCUGGGGGAUACAAAGGUUGGCAUACAGGGAGGAGGAUUAAAUACGGGUGGUAGGGGAAAGCUGGAUGUUGUUUUUCAGGGAUGAGGUUAGAAAGCCCAGGUGACGGACUAUUUGCUGAGCAAUCGUCCUCUUAGCUGGUAGGAAUGCAUGGCCACAAUAUGAUAAGAAUUGUAACCCAAAGGAGGUCACCACAGAUUCACAGAAUGCUGCUGAUCUCUUUUGUCUCUAUGUAAGUACUACUCAGGUGGAAAAUACACUGCUAUGCAUUGGGUCUCAAUGUUUGCUAAGUUCAUGGUAUGUCUAAUCAACCCUCCAAGUUACUUCUCUGUUUGCCUUUCAUGUUCACCAAUAUUUACCAUAAUAGUUCCCAGAAAGAUGAGAGCAGGAACAGCUCCCCCAUUGUAAAGUGGCUGUGACCAGCCUAUUUCUCCAUCUAAUAUUGAUCCAGUGGAUUGUUUGUUGGAGGGAAGGAAGGCACUGGAGAUUCACUCUAAGUCAGUAACAUUUCUGAAAAGUGAUGGGGUUGGGAAAGCACGGGGGAGAGUAUGUUCUGCUUCUCUCUUCUCCGCUCGCUCCCCCUCUCUCCGGACUCAGAGUCUACAUCUUUGCUGCCGACCGGCCUUUGAUCAGAGAUCACACGUCCCUCAGCAGGGGAGUCUACGGGAGAUAAAGGGGGGAGAGGGUGAGCUAUAGUUUCAGUCACCUAAACUCAUUUAGGAUACAUUCCAUAGCUUCAUACUGUGAUUCCAGCUUUGGAGUUUUUGGCAGGUGUGAAGGAUGUGUGUUGCAGACGGCAAGAAAACACGGUCAACAUUUUAAGUUGGCUGUUUCAGUCUGCCUGUCGAGCCUCACUCUCCCUCCGACAUGUAGACAGACAGUCAAGAGGCCCCCCAGUGUACCGCUAUCCAACUGCCUUUUUAAGCUUCUGCGAUUGUAACAAAAGGCACUUUUGCGAAAGGCCAUCCUGAAAUGUGUGUGCUUUUAUUUGAUGGUUAUCACUAUUGUUAUUUUGUUUUACCUGUUGAUGUCUUUUUUUUUUUUUUUUUCUGGCAAUGAUUAUUUAAAUGAAAAAAGAAAAACAAUUUGAUGAAAAUGUGAAAAAAAAAAAAGUAGAAUAUUUGGUAUUGGAGGUGAUUUUCAAGCUGCCACCUCAUCUGGACAUAAACAACACUUCUCUGUUAAAGUACCAACAUACCUGUUUAUAUGCAGCUUAUUGCAUAGUCACACCAAGGUUGGGGGGGGGUACUGGACAGAUCUCCCCUCACCUGCUCUGCUUAUCGUCUCAGCUCUUGUUGGGAGAAAGGUCAUUUGAUCUCAUUUUGGGAGACUCCUUUUCUUGAAAAGAAACCUGUAUAACAGUUGCAAAGCUUUCUGAGAAGGCUAGCUGUGCUGAAUGUUAAACAUGCAGUGUGUAUCCACUGCAGAACCUUUUUGUCUGCAAUAAUGCCCUGUCUGUAGUUAGAGGCUGGAUCUGGUAUCCAUAUAGCGCUUAAAUGAUUAUGAAAGACGGAUAAAAUGGCCAAAAGACCAUCAUGCACUUUUGCAAAUCAGUACGAAAAUGUUUUUGGCCUUUGUCAAAUCAAGAUGAUCUCAGUUAGAAGAAUAUUGUUGAUCAUGAUAAACAUUUAAUAAAUCCAUUUGGUAAAUUGUGUGACUUGGGAGAGAUACUAUUUAUAAUAGAUUGAUGUGUAACUGUGAUUAUCAUGAUAAUCCUUUACAGAGGGAUAUUCUUUCUGAUGUACAUUUGAAAAUGGCAGAAUGUGUCCCAUCCUCUAAAAGCAGGACAUGAAUCACAAACGCUCACAAUCACACCCGGAAGGAAGCGGCCGCUCCACUUCUCUCUGUGUGCUUAAACUUUAUGUUGCACAUGUGACCACACCCGGCUCUGUGUAUCACAACAAGUGCGUCCCAGAGGCAGAGCACCUGCUGUGGCAUCACUAAUCGAAUGGAGCGCGGCCAGAGAGGGCAGAGGCCGCUUUCUUCCCCAUGUGAUUCAGUGGUGUUUACUUUUUAAAUAAGCCCCUUUCUCUUCACAAAGGUCUUUUUUCUUUUCUUAGCGUAGCAGUCUGUCAGUCCAUAUCUGUUGGAAGCUGCAGGGGAGGGGGGCGGGGUGGGAUAUUGGUGAUUUCUUUUUGGGAGAAUUUGCACUUUUUGGCAAUGAAAAUAUAUUGUAUUGUAUAUGAGACCACUAAAUCCACACAGUCUAAACCAUAUAAUUCCAUUUUGUGUCAUUUUUUUUGUUUUGUUCUGUUCUUCUUUUUUUUAAUAUAUCCAAAAAUGUCUGGCAUCUGGUUGUCUGGUUUAAAGAAUAUACAUCUUUCUAUUAAAAACAAUGGUUGCAAACAUUUGACUGGA